AUGGUAGAAAGCUCUGCUAGUUCAGUUCAGCCAUCUUCUGCAGACCAUGUGGAUGCUGACCUCAUCAGGUCUAUAGAAUCCAGCCAAGUGAACCUGGAAGCAGCUGGCAAAACUCUAUAUGGCGUUCCUGUUCCUGUUAAAGUGGCCUCGAGAGCCCAUCUCAUUCAUUGCCACGGACUGGCCGUAAAGCGGGCCUACGUAAAUCGUACUAACCAGUUCACUGUGGACGCUAGUUCAGCCGGUGCGCUAAUAGAUUUAUAA